CUCUCUCUCCGUCCAAGCUCAUAGCAUCGUCCCUCUUGCUCUGACGAUCGACACAGUAAAAUCUUUCGCUCGAGGAAAUUUCAAUUUCUUGGGAAAAGCCGCCAUUUUCCAGGGUCAUCAGAGAAGUGCAUGGUGGGAGUUGACCCGGAAGUGAUCCCUGCCAAAAUAUCCGGUGGGAUUCCGGUUCAAGAUGGCGGCGUUCCAGAAUCCGAGCGAGGGCUCCGCAGUGAUUGACAUGAGCACGUUGGAGGACGGCGCAGGGUUGGACGAUGACAUCAGCAUAGCCAGCAGCGGGGAGGAGUUCGUGGACGUGCGGAAGCGUGAGAGAGCGACCAGCGACACGUCAGAUGAAGGGGAUCCCAACCUGGCCAAGGGUCUGACGGGAGCCCUGGGACAGACUAUGGCAGAACAGGUGUGGAAGACAGGCUCACAGCAGGCUAAGAAAGCCUUCAACCUUUACGCAAACAUAGACAUCCUCAGACCAUACUUCGAUGUGGAGCCAAGGAAAGUCAUGAAAAGGUUACUGCACACUUUUGUUCCAUCGAGAGUCAUUUCUAUCCCACAGAAAGUUGCCAGUGAGCUGUAUGGACCCCUGAUGAUUGUCUUCACCCUGAUAGCAGUUCUACUGUACAACAUGAAGUCUUCUGGCCAUACUGUAAGAGAAGGUACGUUGAUGGGGACUGCCUUCUUUGUGUGCUUUGGUUACUGGUGGGGAACCUCAGCACUGCUGUACUUCAUCGCUUACAUCUGUAACACUCACAUAGCAGCCAUCCAGGUCCUGUCACUCACAGGAUAUGCACUUGUGGCCCACUGCGUAGUGUUGUUCCUGGGUACAGCCUUCCACUCCGUUGGUUCACACUCCAUGUUCUACCUCAUGUGGGCUGUCUUCGGAGGACUCUCCACCAUCAAGAUGGUUUUAGUGUACCUGUCCAGGACAUCAGGACAGACCCAGAGACUGGUGUUGACGGGAACCUGUGCUGCACUACAUCUCCUCUUCCUCCUGUACCUGCACUUUGCCUACCACAACAUUGUAGAAGCACUGGAAGGCAUCUGAAAAGGACAUGAUGCAGCAGACAUGAUGUUAGAAGUCAACUCACUGUCACCACAUGUACCACUGCUGUAACCAACAUGUACCGCCACAUGUACCACUGCUGUAACCAACAUUUACCACUGCUGUAACCAACAUGUACCACCACAUGUACCACUGCUGUAACCAACAUGUACCACCACAUGUACCACUGCUGUAACCAACAUGUACCACCACAUGUACCACAGCUGUAACCAACAUGUACCACCACAUGUACCACUGCUGUAACCAACAUGUACCACCACAUGUACCACUGCUGUAACCAACAUGUACCACCACAUGUACCACUGCUGUAACCAACAUGUACCACCACAUGUACCACUGCUGUAA